GUCAACCCAAAAAUCAAAAUAUCUUGAAGAACUGGGGAGAUUAAUUUUUCACAUUAUAUACGAAUCUAUUGGAUUGAAUUACUUACCUACUACCUUUAUACCGUCAUAAAAAACAAACACAACACAACACAAACAAUUGUACGUGUUAUCAGUACAUUAGACAAAAUUAUCUUUUAAUAACAUGAGCUGACUUCAAGGGCCAUGAUCUUGUUUUAAUAAUGCCUGUUGAAAUAGUUUACAGUUAGAAUUCAUAAAAUACUAUCAAAAUGAAAACACUUGAUGAACAUGUUCUGGGAAAAUGUCACCUUUGAUCUACUACGGUAUAUAAAAACAAUGUGUAUUAUUUGGUCUCCGUGUUUCGCUAAUUACGGUUUAUUGUUUCACAAAAAGAGCUCUCAUUUGAUAUUUAGAAUGUGGUACGCAGCUUUAAUUCGGUUUAUCAGAAGAAGACUAGUGCUCGGUAUCAUAUUCGCAUCUUCACUGACUUACUGCAUUGUCAGUUUUCUAAAAGAGGGUAACCAUAGAGAUGUGACAUACCAAGACAUAUCAAUAGAAAGAAAACCGUUUGUGUGGAGAACACUUCAAGAACAUAAUGAUUCAAAUGACCAUGUGAUCUGCAGGAACUCAGUACAAGGAAAAAACUUUCUUGUUGAUGACAGAGGGUAUGUAUGUCAAAGAAAAGAUGUAACGAAAAAUGGUUGCUGCGACCCAGAAGCUGACUUCACAGAACGGUACAGCUGUGAAUCUUGUAGUAAAAGCAGUUGCUGCGUUGAAUAUGAACAUUGUGUAUCAUGUUGCUUAGAUCCAGGCAAGAGGCACAUGCUGGAGAUAGUCUUAUCAAAACUUUCAACAGAGAAGAGCAUUCUCUUCCGCUCAUUAACAGAUGACUAUGAACUAUGCCUUACAAAGUGUAGAACAAGCUCAUAUAGUGUAUUGCAUGAGAAUUCUUACAAAGAUCCAACACAUAAGCAUUGUUUCGGUGAUGAGCCACCUGGGUCACAUUCAGGUAACAAAAUGUAAUUUUUAAUAAAUCAAUGAUACUGUUAACUUGUGAUAAAGGUACCUACGCCGUAUUUUUUUAUUAACAAUGAACAAUGUUUGAAUACAUUAACAAAAAGGCCUAAAACUAAUGCAUGUUUCAUCGUUUGGUAUUGUGAAAUUACAACUUUAUAGCUCAAUGAAUACUCAAUUUGGAAGCAUAAAUUAAGGUAUUUUACUACAAUUUUUUUUUCAAAUUAAUGAAUACACAUAGCAUAUAUUUAAUGAACUUUUAUUUAUUUAUUAGGUACACCUUUAAUUUCUUGAAAUUCCAUGGUACGCACAAAAAUCUACACCCUUUCAAAAUUUCAAAUCUUAAUCGGUUGGUGCUCUCAAUCACUACAGAGCAUAAAACAAAGUCGCUUUCUCUGUCCCUAAAUCCCUAUGUAUGCUUAAAUGUUUAAAACUACGCAACGGAUUUUGAUGCGGUUU